UCACCAUCGGCGUGGGGUGACCGAUAAACCAUUGUGUCCGUCAAAAGUGUGCCAUCACCUGUAAAUCGAAUCCUGCUUCUCUCUCUGGAUCUGUUGAUAUCACCGAUCUAGAUCUGAUUAACAAUGGCGGCAGCACCAGAUUUGUUGUUUGGUCUGAGAAAUAACUUUUACUUGGGAGCGUAUCAAGCUGCCAUAAACAGCGGUGAUGUCCAAAACCUCUCCGAAGAGGAUGCAAUAGAAAGAGAUUGCCUCAUUUACAGAUCCUACAUUGCGCUCGGCAGCUACCAACUUGUGGUUAAUGAGGUUGAUUCAUCUGCCGCAACGCCUCUCCAAGCCGUGAAAUUGCUUGCUUUGUAUCUUUUAAGCACCGAUAAUAAGGAAACUGUAAUUUCAAGCAUACGAGAGUGGUUGAGUGACGCAGCCGUUGGGAACAACCCAAUUCUCAGGCUUAUUGCUGGGAUCAUAUUCAUGCAUGAACAGGACAAUAAUGAAGCUCUGAAGUACACAAACGUUGGGGGAACUAUGGAACUGACUGCCUUGAAUGUCCAAAUUUUCCUCAAGAUGCACAGAUCAGAUUAUGCAGAGAAGCAAUUGAGAAUUAUGCAACAGAUUGAUGAGGAUCACACACUAACUCAACUUGCUACUGCAUGGCUAAAUUUAGCUGUGGGUGGUUCAAAGAUACAAGAAGCAUAUCUCAUCUUCCAGGACUUCUCGGAGAAGUACCAAAUGACUAGCCUGAUCCUCAAUGGGAAAGCUGUGUGCUGCAUUCACAUGGGUAAUUUUGAUGAAGCCGAAUCAUUUCUAUUAGAGGCACUCAACAAGGAUGCAAAGGAUCCAGAAACACUGGCUAAUCUAGUAGUAUGCAGUCUUCAUCUUGGGAAACCUUCUUCACGAUUUUUAAGCCAGUUGAAACUAUCUCAUCCCGAUCACAUGCUAAUCAAACGGAGUUUGACUGCAGAAGAAAGUUUUGACAGAGCAAUACAAACCAUUUGAGAUGUGAAAGGAUUUGGUACCAUUCUUGCCGUUUGUCACUCCUGUGGUAAGUUUUGAAUAUUGAACUCACAAGUUUGAUUGUCAAAAGGAUUCCUAGCAGACUCUUUAUAAUGGUUUUUGUGCUGGAUUUGUUGGUAGUUGUUUUCUUGAAUAAUCUACAACCUUUGUUUUAUCAUCACUAAGAAUACUUUUGGGAUAUAAUAUCUGUUUCUUGUGAU